CAUCCCUUUAUUUUGUUCCUCUUCGUAAAAAAAUUGUGUUUCUCAAAGCAGAGUGCAUUUAUUCUCGUUCUCUCUCACCGUUGAUCAUCAACCUAAAAUCGCCACCGUUUCAAUCUUCGCAUCGUUUGUCUCCUCUCCCGCGCAAGGCCACACCUGAAUCUCCUCCGUCUCUACAAUCGAAGGUGAGUAAAAGAGACACAGAGCAAUCUUGGAAAUUACUCAGUCAAGAUUUCAUAAACUCACAUAUCUUGUAGUUCUGUUUUGCCAAUCAUGGACAGACACAGAGGCACCGCCAGACAAGUAGUGCUGUCUUCCCCUUCUGUUACUGGCACCACCACCAUAACAAUUGAAAGCUCAGUUCCAUCAUCCUCUUCUCAGCAAGAACAGCAGCAACCUGAAGUCCUUUUUCUCCCCCUCAAUCGCAAGAAGAAGAAGGUCUCGUGGAAAGACGGAACUGUGGACAAUGAGUUCAUGCAGAAAAAGAGUUCCAAGAAGUGUUGUAUCUUUCAUAAAGAGAAGCCCUUUGAUGAAGAUGAUAGUGAUGAAGAUGAUGUGCCCCACGGCUCUGAUAAACAUCCCCAUGAUCACGGUGACAGUGAAUUUUGUUGCAAGAAUCAUGAUGAAGCUGGCCCAAGCAGUUAGGUUCUGAUUGAUCAAAGCGGUGAUUACUGAACCACAAAAGCCUUAUAUUUUAUUGUGUAAAUGUUUCUAGAAUUCAUUCAACUUAAGUUGAUUAGUAAAAGGAAUUGUUUAGUUCUUGUUGCAAGUAUAAAAUCAUGAAAUUAGAACUAGAGGAGUGUUUUGUUUAAACUUAGUGUUGAUCUCAAGAAUUCUAUCGAUAUUACUAGUGCUUUCCAGAAUAAAACUAGUGCAUUCCAGGAUAAAA